UGGGAUCUAUUUGCGGAUAAAUCAGACCUUAUACUAAAGACCGAUCCAAAAUUUAAAAAUUGCACAACGCAAGAUCUUAGUACUUCUCAAAAUGUUCUUAAUACUGCCUGGGAUUUCUUUACUAAAACU